CAUGCAUUAAUGGUUUUGCUUACGGAACUAUUUUCAAUAUUUUAGUGUCGGCGGGUGCGGCCAUAUUUUUCGAUUUCGCGUAUCGAGUCAAAUUUAGUUUGUGUUUUCGCAUUUUUGAUUAAUCUACGUAAAUUUCUAAAUAUAAGUAGUUUAAAAUGGCUGAAAGGGAUGAAAAUGUGUAUAAAGCGAAAUUGGCGGAGCAAGCUGAACGCUACGAUGAAAUGGUCGAGUCGAUGAAGAAAGUCGCUUCUUUGGACGUCGAACUGACGGUCGAGGAGAGAAACCUGCUGUCCGUAGCAUACAAGAAUGUGAUUGGUGCCAGAAGAGCUAGCUGGAGAAUAAUAUCGAGUAUCGAACAGAAAGAAGAGAACAAAGGAGCCGAAGAUAAGCUGGUGAUGAUCCGACAGUAUCGCUCACAGGUUGAGAAAGAACUCAGAGACAUAUGUUCAGAUAUCCUUUCAGUUUUAGACAAACACUUGAUACCGUGCGCAUCGACCGGCGAAUCCAAAGUUUUUUAUUAUAAAAUGAAAGGAGAUUAUCAUCGUUAUUUGGCCGAAUUCGCUACCGGAAACGAUCGUAAAGAAGCCGCGGAAAACUCGUUGGUAGCUUACAAAGCUGCUAGUGACAUUGCAAUGACCGAGUUACCACCUACAAAUCCCAUCAGGUUGGGUUUGGCGCUCAACUUUUCCGUGUUUUAUUACGAGAUCUUGAACUCUCCCGAUCGGGCUUGCCGAUUAGCGAAAGCAGCAUUCGACGACGCAAUCGCCGAGUUGGAUACAUUAUCGGAGGAAAGCUACAAGGAUUCUACGUUGAUCAUGCAGCUAUUACGAGAUAACUUAACCUUAUGGACGUCAGAUAUGCAAGGAGACGGUGACGCUGAACCACAAAAGGAGCAAGUUCAAGAUGUCGAAGAUCAAGACGUGUCGUAAUCAAGCUUCGUUAUCACGCGUCGUUUUAAUGUGUUAAAUGAUCCCCUUCCCCUUUAUAAGAUAUUGAAAUACGAAAAAAGUUGGUAAAACGUUCA